AUGGAGUCGACCGCGGACGGCGCGGACGACACGAGCGGCUGCAGAGACUUUCGGCGCGAGCUGGAGCUCAAGCAGCACGCGGCGUCGCGGCCUCUCUGGGUGUGUCCCGACGGCCGGAUUGUGCUCGAGGCGUCGUCGCCCGUCUAUGCGCAGGCGCUCGACCUGCUCGUCGCCAUCUCGGAGCCCGUCUCUCGGACGCGGCACAUGCAGGAGUACCAGCUGACGCAGUACUCGCUGUACGCGGGUGCCUCGAUGGGGCUCCGCACACAGGACAUCACCGCCGGCCUCGAGCGCUUCUCAAAGUGCGGCUUGCCCGAGGAGGUCCGCGCGAUGGUCGCCGAGUGCACAGAGCGCUACGGCAAGGUGAAGCUCAUCCUGCGCAACGACCGGUACUACAUCGAGUGCCCUGGCGACGGCGCCGCCUUCGAUGCGCUGCUGCACGACGCGCAGAUCGCCGAGAUGCGCGUGCUGCGAGACGCCGCCGAGGAGAUCCCAGACCAUCUCCGCGCCGCCGCCGCGCACGGCGGCGGCGGCGGCGGCGCGGGUAGCAUUGUCGGACUGAUGGGCGCGGCGGCGUUUGACGAGGACGAGCCGUCUUUCUCGCGGCUGGAGCACCGCUCUUUUGAGGUGGACGCGUCCAAGAUCAAGCAGGUCAAGGAGCGCUGCAACGAGAUCGACUGGCCGCUGCUCGAGGAGUACGACUUUCGGAACGACGCCGACGCGUCGGCCCUUCCGGUCGAGCUGCGGCCCGAGACGCGCGUGAGAGACUACCAGCAGGCGGCGCUCGGCCGCAUGUUUGGCUCGCACCGCGCGCGCUCCGGCAUCAUCGUGCUUCCGUGCGGCGCGGGCAAGACGCUGGUCGGCAUCACCGCCGCCGCCACCAUCGGCCGCUCGUGCCUCGUGCUCUGCAACUCGGCCGUGUCGGUGGAGCAGUGGUACCAGCAGUUCCUGAUGUGGACGACGGUGCCGAAGGAGCGCGUCACCAAGUUCACGGCCGGCACGAAGGAGAGGCUGCACCCGGAGGCGUGCGUGCUCGUCUCGACGUACAACAUGAUCUCUUUCCCCGGCCGGCGCUCCAAGGAGGCGCUCGAGGUGAUGGCGGACGUCGAGGCGCGAGAGUGGGGGCUGCUGCUGAUGGACGAGGUGCACGUGGUUCCCGCCAACACCUUCCUCACCUGCACCAUCAAGACCAAGUCGCGCUGCAAGCUCGGGCUCACCGCGACGCUCGUGCGCGAGGACGACAAGAUCGGCGACCUCAACUUUCUGAUCGGCCCGAAGCUGUACGAGGCCAACUGGCUGGACCUGCAGGCGAAGGGCUUCAUCGCCACCGUCUCGUGCGCCGAGGUCUGGUGCCCCAUGACCGCAGAGUUCUUUGCAGAGUACCUCCGCCAGCCGGUCGCCGUCGGGAGGCAGCUCUACGCGAUGAACCCGAGCAAGUUCCGUGCGUGCGAGUACCUCGUCCGCUUCCACGAGGCGCGCGGCGACAAGGUGAUUGUCUUCUCGGACAACGUCUUCGCCCUCAAGAAGUACGCCAUCAAGCUCAAGCGGCCGUACAUCUACGGCCCAACCCCACAGCACGAGCGGAUGAUGCUGCUCGAGAAGUUCAAGUCGACGAGCGAGUGGAACACGCUCUUCAUCUCCAAGGUGGGCGACACCUCCAUCGACCUGCCCGAGGCCAACGUCAUCAUCCAAGUCGCCUCCCACUUUGGAGCGCGGCGGCAAGAGGCGCAGCGGCUUGGCCGGAUCCUGCGUCCAAAGGCGCGGUUUGCCGGCGACUCCACUGACCCCCCCCCCCCCCCCCUCUCGUUGUCUCGAGAUGUUCUACAUUAUUAUCAUUACAUCAUUAUCAUUACAUCAUUAUCAUUACAUUAUGACACGCAGGAGAUGUUCUACUCGACCAAGCGGCAGCAGUUCCUCGUCGACCAGGGCUACGCCUUCAAGGUGAUCACCAACCUGGUCCCCGACGGGCAGGACGAGCUGCUCUACUCGACGCAGCGCGACCAGCUCGACCUGCUCCGCGAGGUGCUUACCGACGCAACUUCGGCCGAGGCGCAAGCCGAGGACGCCCGCGAGGCGGCCGAGGUGGAAAAGGACUCUGGCGGCGCGGCGGUGUACGGAGGAGGCGGCGUGUCGCGGAAGCGCGCGUCGAUGAGCGAGCUCUCGGGCGGCGACGGCCUCACCUAUGCGGAGACGAGCCGCAGGAGCGCGCCGGCGGGGCCGAGCCAGCGGCACGGCGUCUUCAAGCAGAUCGACAAGGCGCGGCAGCAGCAGCGCGGCGGGAGGUAG